UCGUAAAUUUUCACUAAUAUGGGGACGUCACCAUUGCCGGUGAAGGGCUACAAAUUUUAGGCCUAUACUCGGCGCUUACGGCCAUUGGGCAGGGAGGGAUCUUUGUCGUGCCACACUUGCUGUGACACGGGACCUCAGUGUUUGCAGUCUCAUCCGAAGGACCGCCCCAUUUAGUCGCCUCCUACGAUAAGCAAGAGGUUCUGAGGACCUAUUCUAACCCGGAUCCCCACGGGAGUGCACUUUAUAAAAAGGGGUCGGAACCCCAAGGGUCCGAUAAUGACCCUUCCCUUGUCUGUGUAUACAUAUAGGUCUAGUCUGUAUGUUUAAUUUCUAACGACCUUCAUAAAAGCACAGAAACGAUCCACUUGCAAAAUUGGGAUUUUAACCCCUCUCCCAUUACCAAAUCAUUUUAUUAUCAUAUUUUCCUUAAAAUGUGCAUGUAUUAUGCAGUUAGUCAGUUUCAUCAAAGGUAUUGAUCUGACGGGGGAAAAAAACUGAGUACGUGGAAUCGCGACGUCUUGGAUCAUUAAAUCAACUGUUUCUAAAGAAAUUUAAUUUCUGAACAUGAGAAUAAUAAUGUCUUGGAACCCCUCUAAUGUUAAAUAUACAUGUGAUCUAACGGUGAUGCAGGAAUAUGUAGCUAUACCCCCACCCCCACCCCCAAUAUCUGUUCUCGUUAUUAUUACAUGCAAAGUUUGAUAUAUUGACUACCCCCCCCCUCACUUUUUAAAAUAUGAAUUCGAUCUUGCAUUGUCUUUAUAUUUAUUUCAGCAAACUGGUAACAAGGGCUAGGCCCGUUUUGGACCCGAACUCUAUGAUACAAUGAAUUUACAAUAUUUGUGGUAUCACAGAGCCCGGGCCCAAAACGAACUUGACCCCUGUGAGACUGACAUUUCUGUGGGUGUGCAUAACAAAGAACGACAACUCUAAUUGAUUUAAGGUUCGGGCACGGACUGUACAAUAUUUUUGUGCAAAAGCAGACUGCAAGUCAUUGUGAUUGUUUUCUUCCUACAAAGUAUAAACAAACUCGGUCAGGUAAAUACUAUCACAAAAUGAUCUCAGGGGGCCAGCAUGGCGGCUAUAUUGCUCAUUUACGUGCAUGUAGGAACACUUACGAUAACCCUAGACCACUCGUAGGGUUACGAUCAAUACUGAUCGUAAAUCGCAAAUCGUAACUUUUAGUGAAACGGUCUUACGUGAUACGUUCACAUUUAAGUCUACGUUUACGAUCUACGAUCAUUUAGUGAAACGGCCGCCUGGUCGUGGUGUCUGUUCCUGUGACGUAGGGCUCCUUGAAGAGGGUUCGAAUUGUUUACAAGGUAAUCGACGCCUUUUCCAAUCUUGUGAAUCUGACAGACAAUGUACAGGAACUUAUGGGGUAGGGAAAUGUAAAGUCAUCGCUGGUAUACAAAUGUGUCACUGUCCGGAUAAGCAUACAGUCAUUCGAGACUUUUGUAUAAAAGUCGGGUCAGUCAUAGGGGAGUCGUGUACAAUUGAUAAAGAAUGUACCGGUACAAAAAAUGGCGGGAGAUGUGUCUACAGCGAGGGCAACGGUACAGAGUCUCAAACAUGUGUCUGUGAUGAGGGAUUUCCGACAAAUGGUUCAUUUUGUUUACCAGUUAACAAAACACUUUUUGAGACUUGUGAAAUAGACAAGCAGUGUAAUGGAACGUUAGGUCUGGAAAUCUGCAGAACAGCUGGCGAUCGAAAAAUAUGUGCAUGUGGACCUGAGUACCAUGAGGAUAAAACGUCCCUUACAUGUCAUAAAGUUGGAAAACGGAUAUUCGAGUCGUGCAUGGUGGAUGACCAGUGUACUGGGACGAAUAAUGCUGACGUUUGUGCUUAUCAGGAUAAAACAUCAACUAGAAUAUGUGUAUGCAGUGAUGGAUUUGAGUGGGUGAAUGAAUCGUGUGUACCAACUGGAAGAGAGUUACUAGAAUCAUGUGUGUUUAAUGUACAGUGUAAUGGAACUAAUAGUGCCACAAUUUGUAAAUCGUUUGGAAAUAAAUCGUUAUGCUUUUGUGAUGAAGGUAUGCUGGAAUUCGACGGAAGGUGCAUUGAAGCUGGCAGGAGCCUUGGUGAUCCCUGUGAAAUGGACAGGCAGUGUACAGGAACACUGCAUGCUGGUGUCUGUGGUGAAAAAAGGAGGUGUUCGUGUGACCAGGGGUUCAUCGAAGACCAUAGCGAGUGUGUAAAAGAUGCCAGCGAUAUGCCACGCGUCAUUAAUGACAGUGAUAGUGAAGACAGUGUAGUUGAGGAAUGA